AUGUUCACAGAUUGUCAUCCGGAUCACCAGGCACCUCACGUAGCGGCGGCACACGCGCUCCCUGUUCACUUUGAUACCGGACUAGCCCGAGGUGACAAGCUAGGCGUGCCGAAGUCAUACUGUGCCUGUAGCGAUGAUGAUGCGGGAUAUCCAUGCUUCCUCUCGUCCUCCAACGACACUAGUUCAACAGGUGACAGAAUGGUAUUCAACCUCCCUGACCGCGCAUCCUUUAAGUUCCCUGUACAUGAGUCACACGAUAUUCUUCGUACCCAGGCCGAUGGAAUCGCUAUCGUUGGCAUCAUUGUUGGAGGCGUGUAUCACUUUCGCGUCUUUCUCUUUAACCUACUGGAGAAGCGCUGCCUUCGCAUCGACUGCAAUCCUUUACCGAUUGACGCCAACGGUAUUGAGAAAGCUUGCGUGGAUUUCGCGACGAAAAAGUACUUGUACCCGAUUCCUCCGAUCCGGAUCUCUGAAAUUUCGCGGAGCACCGGUGCCUUCUCCUAUGGUCUUCAACCUCACGUUCAGAUUGGAACCAUUCUCGAGCUCUUGUUCACUCAUCUCAAGCGUGAUAAAUACCUAUUUUACAAUGGUAGGGGAUGCAGACACUGGUGUGCUACCAUUCUGAACGACUUAGAGACCCAUGGCUUUGUUUCCAAUGGAGCAACAGGACAUUUCGAGACGUGGGAAAUGAUGAAGCACAGAGAGCUCGGCACCUACUUCCCCAUGCCUCGUAUCCAAGGAGCCUUUUAUAACUGA